UACAUAUUUAUUGUUAUGGAUCAUAGGACGGUCUGUGUUAUUUAAUUUUUGCCAUUAACAUACAAACACUGAGCUUAUUAUUUUUAAUUAACAAAAUAUUAUUAUGCAUAAAUCAAAUAAACGAAUAUUAUUAUAAUCAAGAGUAACUAUGUGGAAUGGUACAUCAAGGAAGGCAUCUAAAAGUUUAGAAUCGACAGAAACUGAUAUACGUGAAGAUGAAGAACAGACAAAAAAAUUACAAGAAAUUAUUGAUCUCCUUGUGGCUGCUGGAUAUUUUAGAGCUAGAAUAAAGGGCCUGUCAAAUUUUGAUAAGGUAAUAGGUGGUAUGACGUGGUGUAUAGAAUCUUGCAAUUUUGAUGUAGACGUGGACUUACUGUUUAGAGAAAAUCUUACAAUCGGUCAAAAGAUAUCUUUAACCGAAAAAAUUGUUGCUAUGUUGCCAAAAAUGAAAUGUCCGUACCAUAUAGAACCUCAUCAAAUACAAGGAUUAGAUUGUAUUCAUAUAUUUCCAGUCAUUCAGUGGUUGAUAAAGCGUUCUAUGGAAAUGAGAAAAGAAAUGGCAGGAUUUGUGCGUUCCUUUGCACUUAAUCAAUUUAAUAAAAAGCAUUUCUUUUUGGAAGAUGAAAAUAGAAUUGCAGUUGCAGCUAAGAAAAAUAUGAUGCAAAAUAUUUUAUUGGUUAAAAGGUUAUAUGAACCUCGACGAUUAUUCAAAUACAAAGAUAGUUUGGCGAAAGACGAGGCUACGCAAUUUCUUGGUACUCUUUUAGAGUACGAAGCUAAUUUGUAUGGAAAUAUCCAAAAUACAAAUGCUGAAGUUAUUCCUUUAAAGUCGACGACAACUUUGCAAGAAAAUAAAAAAGAUAACAAUAUUCCUGUAUCAAACGAUGAAAAAAUAGUUGUAAAAGAAAUUGCAGGAUCAAUGGCAGUUAUCGAAGAAAGUUCGGAUCGUCUAAAUGUGAAUGUGGUUGGAAAUAUUUUUGAGAUGCAGGCGCAGGAAAUUGCUAAAGUAGCUGAAAAAUAUGCAACGAAAUCAAUUUCUGAACUAGAGGAAAAUGGUACAUCCAAUACGUCCAGUGCUCUAGUAACUUUACAAAAACAAAAGGCUAAUCUACAGACACGAAUUCGCAAAUUGACAAAGGAAAGAGAUGUUUUGUCGAAUAAAACUUCAGAGAUAAUCAAUAGAACAGAUCAAUUCUAUAAACAGAGAGAAUUUCUUGAACGUUCGUUUAAAAUAGCACAAGAAAUAGGAAUUAAUGAAAAUGAUAGCAUUUAUAAACGCUUGGAAGAACUUUUAUUGGUGCACGAUGAUCUAAGAGAACAAGAACUAAAGUUUCGAGAACAAUGCAAAUCUGAUCUUGUUCUUCUUCGAAGUAUGCUAGAAGAAAUUAAUAAUGUUUUACCGACCGAAGAAGAAGACAGGCUUAAAGAAUAUGAAGAACAAAAAGAAAUAGUAACAAGAGCAAGAUUGCAAUUAGCCAAAAAAAAUAGAGCUAUCGCUUCUUUAACUAGACAAUUGGAUGAUGUACCAGGACGAUCUGAAUUAACACAAUAUCAAAGAAGGUUCAUGGAACUUUACAAUCAGGUGUCUGCUAAACACAAAGAGACCAAACAAUAUUACACGCUGUAUAAUACGUUAGACGAUACAAAACUUUAUUUGAGCAAAGAAUUAUCUUUGCUAAACUCUAUACAAGAUAAUUAUAGCGAAGCAAUGGCAUCUACAAGCGGCAAGAAACAAUUUUUAAAACAAUUUGAAGCUAUCGUUGCAGGAGUUAAACGUAACAAAUCAAUGGUUGAGAAACGGUGCGCUGAUGAAAAGAAUAGACGUGAUGAUCUUAGUCAACAACUGGUUACACUUAUAGAACAACAACGUAAAUACGUUGUUGCUGUUAGACAACUUACCAUUGAAUGUCGUAAAAAUGAAGCAUUACUUGCUCAGCUACGUGACUCAUAAAUAUCAAAAUCAAUUUGAAGUAUAAGCUUAAUAAGAAUUCAACUUAUUAUGUAAACAAAAAAAUAACAUCUUAAUUAUAAACUUUUGCAAUAUUUCAUUACAUACAUACAU